CCUGUUAAGUCAGGGCUGCCAAAAUUACUUGCAGUGUUGGCUAACGUCUGUCCUCUGCCGCCCAUAUGUUUUGAACGACACACGCGGAUUUUUUGUUUGGAGUUCCUAAGUUUUGGAGAAAUAUCUAUAAAAAUGACGACAACCAGCACAAUAGUUAUGCCCGGCGAAAGAAUAACGGCCAUUGAGGAGUUGGCCAAGAGCAAGCGGGUGAUCCUGGGACCGGGACUGCGCCGACAGGACGAAACGGUGGUGGCCAGCAAAGCGGGUCCUCUGCGUCACAAGGAACCGAGUACUUUUUGGGUGGACAACUACCAGAGGAGAUAUAUUCCAGCACGAGGAGAUCUGGUCCUGGGCAUAGUUCGUUCCAAGGCUGGUGAUCUGUAUCGCGUGGAUAUCGGAGCAGCAGAUACGGCCUCCAUUUCCUACCUGGCCUUUGAAGCGGCUACCAAGAAGAACCGUCCGGACUUGAAUCCCGGCGAUUUAAUCUACGCAAGAGUUCUGAAUGCCAGUGCAGAUAUAGAACCGGAAUUGGUGUGCGUCAACUCCGUGGGCAAACGUGGCAAGCUGGGCGUCCUCGCCGAGGGAUUCUUUUUUAAGUGCAGCUUGAAUCUGGGCAGGAUGCUUCUGCGGGAGAAUUGCCCCGUCCUCGCGGCUCUGACCCGCGAACUGCCCUACGAGAUCGCGGUGGGAGUCAAUGGAAGGAUCUGGCUGAAGGCCCACUCCCUGAAGGAAACCAUUGCCCUGGCCAAUGCCAUUGUGGCUCUGGAGCAAACGGGCUGUGCGGAAAUCGACAAAAUAUGCGACAACCUCGGUGACUUCCUGCAGGCUUAGGAUUAGUUCUUAGUGUACUUACAUUUUAUAUUAAAAGAAACAUAGCCAAA